GCUUUUUUUCGCAUGAUUUUCCAACUGCGGUCAGUUUGCAUUUUGCCCUUUCUGUGCGAUGCUCGAGACGAUCUCGCUCCUCGCCGAGUGGCUUCCGAGCCCGCUGCAGUGGGCCUACCUCGUGCUGGCGCUUCUCGUCUCGUACUAUGUGCUGUCGCCGUCCCGGUCCCGGCUCCCGCCUGGCGACGAGCCCGUGCGCGGCCACGACCUCUGCUGGUUCCUCCUCGACGACCAGAUCCCGUUCAUUAUCAACGCGUUCCAGACCAUGGACCGCAUCUCGCUGAGCGAAGUGCGCGCGCUGGUGCAAGCCCGCAUGGUGGACAAGCAGAACCGCCUCACGCACCGCAUCGUCUACCACCAUGGCCGGCCAUGCUGGAGCCGUGACGCCAACUUUAAGCUCGAGAAGCACGUGUACGCCGACGAGAACGCCAAUGUGCACAGCGAAGCCGAGCUCAAGGCGUACGUGAGCAAGCACUACACGCGCGACUUGGACCGCUCGCGGCCGCUCUGGGAAAUGAUCCUCCUCGAAGACUACAGCCCAAGCGAGAGCGUCCUCGUCAUGCGUUUCCAUCACGUUGUCGGCGACGGCAUCUCGCUCGUCGCAAUGAUGUUUAACGCUGUCGACGAAGUCCCGACGCCGACCGCGGCACCCGUCAAGGUCGGACAAACCGCCUCGAGUCUCUCAUUGCUCAAGAACGGCGGCAACAACAUUGCCGCGGCCAUUGGCCAGCUUCGCCCACGGGACGUCUCGCCGUACCGCCCGCCACGCGUGAGCGGCAAGAUGCGUGCUGCGUGGAGCAGCAAGAUCUCGCUCGCGGAUCUCAAGUUUGUCAAAAACACAUUCGAGUGCUCGAUCAACGAUGUCGUCGUCGCGUGCGUCACCGCCGCGCUCCGCGCCUACCUUGAAAAGACGGGCGGGCUCAAGGCUACGGCGCGCGUGCGUGCGAGUCUCCCCGUCAACCUCCGCGGUCCGUCGCUGAGCGCCAACCGAACGCUCCAAAACUACUUUGGCAUUGUCUACUUUCAGUUCCCCGUGCACGAAGCCGACCGGCUGACGCGCUUGCACUUGGUCAAAGCGCGGGCCGCAUCCAUGAAGGCGUCGAUCGAGCCGCAUUUGACGCUCCUCGGUCUCAGCGUCAUCGCCAACCUCCCGCUCUGGCUCGCGCGGCCGCUGCUGCAUGUCAUGAGCAGCAAGGCGACGCUCGUCUUCUCCAACGUCCCGGGCCUCCAAGAGCUAUGCUCGAUUGGCGGCAAGCGGCUCCACGACAUACACUUCUUCGCACCGGGCGGGUUCCUCCCCAUCAACAUUUCCGUGCUCUCGUACGCACACAACGUCGACUGCAACGUUGGUGCUGACGAGAGUGUCUGCGACGACCCGCAGUACAUUGCCGACGUCUUUGUGACGGAGUUUGAAGCACUGCAUGCACUCGCCAAAGCCCGUACCUAAUCGUAUUGUAUAAUCGUUUUGCGUUUG